AUGCAGCGCGCUUUCUCAUCCAGAUCCGCUCUUACCCGAGCUCCUUUCUCCAAGCUCAGAGCCUCGGGUGUCAGCGUGCAACAGCAGCGAUUUGCCCACAAGGAGCUCAAAUUUGGUGUUGAAGCUCGUGCCCAGCUCCUCAAGGGUGUUGACACCCUUGCUAAGGCCGUUACUUCCACUCUCGGACCAAAGGGUCGCAAUGUCUUGAUUGACCAGAGCUACGGUUCUCCUAAGAUCACAAAGGAUGGUGUCACUGUCGCCAAGGCUGUUGUCCUUCAAGAUAAGUUCGAAAACCUCGGUGCCCGCCUUAUCCAGGAUGUCGCCUCCAAGACCAACGAGAUUGCCGGUGACGGUACCACUACUGCCACAGCUCUCGCUCGUGCCAUUUUCUCCGAGACCGUGAAGAACGUUGCUGCCGGCUGCAACCCCAUGGACCUCCGCCGUGGUACUCAGGCCGCCGUUGAGGCCGUUGUCGAAUACUUGACCAGCAACAAGCGUGAUAUCACCACCACUGAAGAGAUUGCUCAGGUUGCUACCAUCUCCGCCAAUGGUGACACACACGUUGGUAAGCUCAUCUCCAACGCUAUGGAGAAGGUUGGCAAGGAAGGUGUCAUCACCGUCAAGGAAGGCAAGACCAUCGACGAUGAGCUUGAGGUUACCGAGGGUAUGCGCUUCGACCGUGGUUACACAUCCGCAUACUUCAUGACCGACGCCAAGGCUCAAAAGGUUGAGUUCGAGAAGCCUCUCAUCCUCCUCUCUGAGAAGAAGAUUUCCGCUGUUCAAGACAUCAUUCCCGCUCUCGAGGUCUCCACUCAGCUACGCCGUCCUCUUGUUAUCAUUGCUGAGGACAUCGAUGGUGAGGCUUUGGCUGUCUGCAUUCUCAACAAGCUCCGUGGUCAACUCCAGGUUGCCGCUGUUAAGGCUCCCGGAUUCGGUGACAACCGUAAGAACAUUCUCGGUGACCUUGGUGUUCUCACCAACGCCACUGUCUUCACUGACGAGCUCGACAUUAAGCUUGACAAGCUCACCCCCGACCAGCUCGGAUCUACUGGUUCCAUCACCAUCACCAAGGAAGACACCAUCAUUCUCAACGGUGAGGGCAGCAAGGACGCCAUUGCUCAGCGCUGCGAACAGAUCCGCGGUGUCAUGGCCGACCCCUCCACCUCUGAGUACGAGAAGGAGAAACUCCAGGAGCGUCUCGCUAAGCUCUCUGGUGGUGUUGCUGUCAUCAAGGUCGGUGGUGCUUCCGAGGUUGAGGUUGGUGAAAAGAAGGACCGUGUUGUCGAUGCUCUCAACGCUACUCGUGCAGCUGUUGAGGACGGUAUCCUCCCCGGUGGUGGUACUGCUCUCCUCAAGGCUUCCGCCAACGCUCUCACCAACUUGAAGGGUGCCAACUUCGACCAGCAGCUCGGUAUCGACAUCAUCUGCAAGGCCAUCACCCGUCCUGCUCGCACCAUCGUUGAGAACGCCGGUUUGGAGGGUAGCGUUAUCGUUGGCAAACUUACCGAUGAGUAUGCCAGUGAAUUUAACAAGGGUUUCGACAGCUCCAAGGGCGAAUACGUCGACAUGAUUGAAGCCGGUAUCCUUGACCCCUUGAAGGUUGUCCGCACCGCCUUGGUUGAUGCCAGCGGUGUUGCUUCCCUCCUUGGUACAACUGAGGUUGCUAUCGUCGAUGCUCCUGAGGAGAAGGCCCCUGGCCCUGCCCCUGGCAUGGGUGGUAUGGGCGGUAUGGGUGGCAUGGGCUUCUAA